CAUUCGUAAACACAGAUUUUGACUAUAAAUAUCAAACAAUCACAACAAUCUAGUGAACCAUGGACAGUGUCAAAGACAAAGUGGCCCUUGUGACUGGAGGCUCCAACGGCAUUGGCCUAGCCAUUGUCAAAGAACUGCUCAAAAAUGGCAUUAAAGGCGUGUCAAUAGUUGACAUAAGUGAAGCACCAAUAGCCGACAAGCGAGUGACAUUUAUCAAAACAGACGUCACGUGUAAAAAACAAUUACAAGCCGCCUUUGACAAAACCGUCGAGACGUACAACCAACUUGACAUCGUCGUCAACAAUGCCGGAAUCGUCGACGAAUUCGACUGGAAGCGCACAAUUGACAUCAAUCUAGUUGCCGUGAUCGAAGGGACGUAUUUAGCCCUUCAAACGUACCUCCCGAAGUACAAAUCGGGGGCUGAGGGGGUUGUAGUUAACACAGCUUCAGUCCUAGGGCUUAGCCCCGCUCAAAGCACCCCCAUUUACUGCACCGCCAAGCAUGGACUUGUCGGUUUGGGGCAGUCUCUAGGGGGUGAAAAAAUGUACGAAAAAUACAAAGUUAGGGUCUUGACCAUUUGUCCUGGGUUAGUUGACACUGCUUUAACCAGUGGUAACAAAACAGUGCCCAGUAAAAUUCUGUUUCCUGAUUGGUUGGCACAGCAGUUUGCGCUGAUGAAACCUUUGAUUAUAAAGCCUGAAAAAAUUGGACAGGCUUUGAUUGAAGUGGUGAAGAAGGGGAAGACAGGCUCGGUCUGGGUGGUUGAAGGGGGGGAGGGGCUCUAUGAGGUUGUGGUACCUGACAGGAAGUUAAUGAAGGCUUAAUUUGUACUUUUUAAUAAAUUUGUAACAAAAAAUG